AUGACGAGAGAAAACCCUCCCUUCACCGAACAUGGGUAUCUGGAUCUCGCUGAGCUGCUCGUACCUGCAGGGCAUAAUUUGCUGAGCUAUGCAACGUCUAGUUCGGUGCCUGAAGUAAUCGAAAAGAUACUUGACAGCGGGGUUUUGGGGCAAAAUGACAAGUUUGCUGCCUGCGCAGUGGGGACUUUAGCUCGACGUGGCAGAUUCACCUUAAUGCAGCGUGCAGCUCGGCUUUGGACGCCCUCUUCAGAGUACCAGUUUUGUUGGCUGAAUACACCCAUUGGGUGUGAAGCAUGUGGAAACGCCUGCGAUCCCUUCCGUUUAGCAGCCGGGGCAGAUCAAGUUGAGGUUCUGGAGUAUCUCUACUCCCAGGGGUUCCGCGAUGGAAUAGGGGACGCUAUAACUGACGCUGUGGAUCUAGGACAACUGAACGCAGUGAAAUGGUUAUUGGAACAUAAUGCCUAUCCCGGUGGACUCCAGACAUAUUCUCUGAUUGGCAUUGCUGCAGGUCGUGGCAAUCUGGAGAUACUGCAGUAUUUUCAUAAUUUGGACCCGUUGUCAAUUCUUGAAGCAAAUCGGCCAAAGCAAGGUGAACUAGGAUGGUGGCUUCGAACAGAAGAAGCGGUGAAUGAAGCUGCAAAGUUUGCCACAGUGGAAGUUCUCAACUGGUUACGAGCGAAUGGCUACAAUGAAAAGUGUUCGGCAGAGGCAAUGAAUCAUGCAGCAAACUCUGGACGAUUGGAACUAUUGGAAUGGCUCCACGUUACUAAGGCUAGAGAAUGUACAACGAAUGGAGCUGCCUCGAAUGGACAUUUAGAGAUCGUAAAGUUUCUUCACAAAUACCGUCCGGAAGGUUGCACAACAAAUGCAAUGGAUCUGGCUGCUGGCGAAGGUUGCACUGUCCAAGCAAUCCAGCAAUCCGUUGCGCGGGGACACCUACGCAUUGUCAAGUUUCUUGCCGCUCACUACGCUCAAUUUGUCGACCAGGUGGACCCCCUCACUUGUGAGCACAACCUGGAAAUGAUAAUGUUUCUCCAGAUGCAGCAUCCGCAGGUCUUCUCGCUCGAGAACGUUGCUAACAUGCUGGGUCGCCUUGAGGGGGGUAAUACAACUGUGGAGAGCGUUCAAGUGUCUAACUGGCUGAAGGAGCACUACUCUUCGGUGGAGUAA